AUGGUCAGUUCUGUGAGAGGCUCAAUUUUCCUGAAGGCUGUGGACAGCAAGAACGCGAAGAAAACCAGAGCAUGGUUGUUUGAGCAGCUGAAACAAGUGAUUGCUGAGGUUGGCACGGAAAACGUUGUGCAGGUGGUGACAGACAAUGCAAGCAACUGCGUGGUCAUGGGGGAGCUUUUGCAGCAGGAGUUUCCACAGAUUGUACACGUUCACUGCGUUUGCCACGUUAUGGACUUGUUGUUCAAAGAUAUUGGAGCUCUGUCUUGGGUGCAGCCUUUCGUCGAUGGCUGUGCGAAGACAGUUACCUUCAUCACCUCAAAACCACGGGUUCUAACUCUUUAUAGAACUUUCUACAAACGGGACCUGAUAAAGCCUGUAACCACGAGGUUUGCUUAUAUUUUUCUCGUGAUGUCUCAGCUUCUGGAGACCAUGAAUCUCUCUGGGCUUCGAAGAAUGGUGCUCGCUGAUCGGGAGGGGGCAACUUCAAGCCUCAUCUUUGAAGCUGUUGAUCGGCUGAUCAAGAAGAUGGAUGAGGGAGCUCAAAACAGAAUUUAUGCACAUGAGGAAGUGGGACAAAUCAAGGAUUUCCUACUUGAAUCACAUGGUCUGAAGGAGGCAAGGUGGUAUCAAAUGCACAAUGUCAUUCAUGGAGCUGCUUUUGCUCUUCAUCCUCUAUUUCUGGGGGAUAACCCAGAGAACAACAAGCUGGACAAUGAGGCACGCGGGAACUGGCUGGAGUACAUACAUGUUUAUAGUGGAGGUGAUCUGGACUUGCAGUUGAGAUUGCAGGCACAGUUUGAGAGGUUUCAGCAACAGCUUGGACGGCAAAUAAGGUUACCUGUUGCCAAGGAUCGGGAGACUAGAAAGUUUCCAGUAACCUGGUCCCGCUUGCUUCCCACAAAUGCUGAGAAGCUGGUUUACAUUCACACAAACUUGCGGGUUGCUCAGAAGCUGGAGAGUGAAGGUUUGAGGAUGCUAGAGAUUGAUAUAGACAAGCUGGAGUUGGAGCCUCAUUGGAAGAGGAUUUUGGAUCUGCAAGAAGCUUUUGAGGAACCAAAUCAGGCUGCUGAGGAGUUUAGCAUCGAUGAAGGAAUGGAAGAUGAUUUGGAAUCGGAAGACGACUAA